UUCUUAGCAACCAUUAAUACAAGGGAAAAUGAGAUUCAGAGAUUCAUUACUGAAGGCUGCAAAGAGGCGUUACUUGAAGAAAAGAGACGGUUCUGCUUCCUUGUGGACAAACAUUGCAGUUUUUCCCAAGAUCUAAGCAAUUACCAUGAAAAGGCCAAUGGAAUCCUUGGUGCCAAAAUAAACAAAUGGAAGGAGAAAUGUUUUGAUGCUACAAAGAUACCUGAAUUUUUAGGUGAAGAUGAAAGCCCCCCAACAUAUAUAUCCAAAACUCCUCAACCUUCUCCAUUGAUUGGAAGAUACACUGUACAUGACCCUGCACUACAAAAUAAUUUGAAAAUCCCACCCGCUCCUCCUGGAAGAGUUCAGAAGAGUCCUUUACCAGAUAUGUUUAACAACCCAACUGCUCAACGCAUGGCCCCUGUUGAGAGAAACAUUGAUGGAUUAGAGGAUGCCAGUCUAACAAGAUCCAUUUCCGUUGCAACUGGAUUAAAUAUGGUUCAGAGGCCAAAGGUGAAAAGCAUUUUUCCACACACGGCAGGGAAUAACAAAAAUAUGUUGAGCUUCGCAGAAGGUGAUGUGCUAACACUACUGAUACCAGAGGAAAAAGAUGGCUGGCUGUAUGGAGAACAUGAUGCGAACAAAAUGAGAGGUUGGUUUCCAACAUCUUACACUAGGCCAUUGGAACAAGGUCCAGACAUGUCAUCUGCACCCAG